GGCAGGAAAAGAGACGCUUCCUCCUCCCUCAGUGUUUUGUCUUGAAGUAUAUUUCCUGUCUAACUCUGAAUGACUCACGUUCAUCUCAACACGUUUCUUCACAGAUGAAGAAUCCGACCUAAAUCAGACGGAUAAGAGCAUCGAUCCGGAUUGAGACGCGAUCAGAUCGACGGAAGUGUGAUGGAGCGGUUCUGUGGGUUUGGGUCGGUUCUUGUCGCUUGUUGUCUGAUGUCUGGUGCAUCAGUGAUGGUCCAUACAGUCAGUCACAGUACCUGUAAGUCAUGUGGCCCUCGGCCGGCCAGCAGCAUAGGACAUAAGUGCUAUCCAGACUGUAACGUGUCAAAAGUCUGCCCGAAUCCAGAGGACGUCUGCGCUGCCGUCUGGUGGAGGGAAGCUGGAAUUGUUACCAUGGAAACCAUGUGUCAUAACCCUGCGCGGCCGCUGUACAGCGUGAUGUUAAAGGACUACAGCAGCGCAGAAUGUUUGCUGAUAUCGAAACAUGUAGCAGGUCGUAACCUCCGUGUGUGCGCCUGUACUGGAGAUGACUGUAAUAAGCAUGUGCUUCUGUCCAAACUGUCAGAUCAGGAAGAAUUGACAAGGCCUUUCAAACUCCGCAAACUCUGUAGGUUCUGUGACAUUGAAUAUUCAACCUGCAACGCCACAGGUGUCUGCGAAUCUACAUGCAAUAUCACAUCCAUCUGCGAGAGUCCAAACGAGGUGUGCGUCGGUGCAUGGAAGAGAAAUGAAGGAAUCUCCUCUGUGGAGACGGUGUGUCAUGAUGUGGCAUUUCCGUUUUAUGGUCAGUACCUGACCGACAAUAACAGCAGCACCUGUGUGUUGAAACCGGUGAAGGGGACGGAGGAAGAGUUCUACAUGUGUUCCUGUAAUGCAGAUGAGUGUAAUGCCAAACUCAUCUUUAAUGUUCCUCCAUUAAAAGACAAGAGGACGUGUCUGCCGGUCCUCUUGGUCAGUCUGGUUCCUCUCCUGGUCGUCAUUGUCCUGCUCGUCUCGUCCUUCUACAUCUAUCGAGUGUUACGCCAGCAGAAGCUGAAGAUAAAAGGCAUGGAAAGCGAGAUCUUCAUCAACGAUGACGACCAUUCUGAUAGCAGCUCCGCCAAAGCCAACAAUCUGAACCACAACAACGAGCUGUUGCCCAUCCAACUGGACUCCCUUGUGGGAAAAGGUCGCUUCGCCGAAGUCUACAGAGCCAAACUCAAGCAAGGACUCAUGUCUGCCGGAGAAGCCUUCCAAACGGUCGCCGUGAAGAUCUUUCCGUACGAAGAAUAUGCUUCAUGGAAAAACGAAUGGGAGAUCUUCUCUGACUCAGAACUUCGGCAUGACAAUAUCCUGCACUUCUUGACCGCUGAGGACCGGAAGACCGAGAGGCAAUAUUGGCUGAUAACGGCGUAUCACGAGCGAGGAAACCUGCAAGACUUUCUGUCCAAGCACAUUGUGAGUUGGGAGGAGCUUUGUCGAUUGGGCGUGUCACUGGUGAGGGGCGUGGCACACUUGCACAGCGAUCAGAUGGUGAGCGGCCAGCCCAAAGUGCCCAUCGUUCACAGAGAUUUGAAGAGCUCCAACAUCCUGGUGAAGACGGAUCUCACCUGCUGCCUGUGUGACUUAGGGCUCAGUCUGAGACUAGAUAACUCCUUGUCUCCGGAUGAACUUGCCAACAGUGGACAGGUUGGCACUGCCAGAUACAUGGCUCCUGAAGUUCUGGAGUCCAGAAUUGACCUGGAAAACAUCGAGUCCUUCAAACAGGCUGAUGUUUAUUCCAUGGCUCUGGUUCUGUGGGAGAUCACAUCCAGGUGCAGCGCAAUUGGAGAUGUUCGUGAAUAUGAACCUCCAUUUGGGAAGCUCAGAGAACAUCCAUGUGUGGAGAGUAUGAAAGAUGAUGUCAUCAGAGACCGACUGAGACCAGAGAUACCAGCCAGCUGGAGUCAACACACGGGUAUUCAGUUUGUGAGUUCUGCAAUAGAAGAGUGUUGGGAUCAUGAUCCAGAGGCCCGUCUCACAGCACAUUGUGUCAUGGAGCGUUUUGAUGACAUCACCAGUGCAGUGAUCCUUCCCAUCAGCUCGGAGCCCAAGAGUUCGGAGGAUUCCGGGAAUGAUGACAAGUGAA